AAAAGAAGACGAAGAAGAAGAGGAUGUUUAGACGUGUGUCAUUACCCCUCAGCAAUGCAAUGACGAAAUAUUUCAUCAUGGUACAUAGGAUAUAAUCGGAUAGUAAGCACCAAUCGAUCGUAUUUCUUGCCGACAAGAGUUGCUCUGGAUUGAGAGACCAUGGGCCGGCUAGAUGAUGCUGCCAAACGCAAAGUAGUGGAGCUGCGGAAAGCUGGUCUGAGUUUCCGUAAGAUCAAAGCUGUGCUGGAGCUGGAGAACAUCAAGGUGUCAGCCCAGGCCAUCUACCUGUUCCUGAGGGAGUUUCAGGGGAGGCCACCAGGUAGAGUCAGACCUGGAGAGGCUGGGAGCAACACAUCGUCAGCACAGGUGCAUAUUACUGCUGGGGGAAUACGAGAGAGCUGGAGUAACAUUCAUCUUCAAAACCUACUACAGGAGGCAUGUCACAAUGUUGGCUUUCCAGCUGCUCCAGAUGUGGCCAAAAAGUCAUCCACAAAACCAGAUACUGAUGCAAAACCGUCUGGGUCCGGGGAAACCAGUGGACGCAGCAGGAUAGAGCAGCAACAACAGGGAGAUAAGGAAGAAAAUGACAUCCAGAUUGUUAGUGUCACCUCUCUUGCGCACAGCAGCCAACAAAGAAGUCCCCAAUCCACUGCUACAAGACCAGAGGUACAUGGUGUGUCUUCCACAGGGACAACAUCUCCAGCAUUCAUGAGGAAGAGAGUUACGCCUUCUCCAGCAACUAAUUCAAUGUUGGCAGCUCGUAAAAGGAUUCUGGAUAAAGCUCUGUCACACAGGAUGAAGACAUUCCACCAGGUGGCAGCAUUGGUGAGGAGAGAUCACUCAGGUGUCCAGGGUGCUGAUUUGAGGAAUGCAAUGCAACAACCGUCUGAAAUGUAUGAUCUGACCACUGAAAAGACUGUUGUGGAGUGUCAGCCUGGAGGAGGCGGUGUCACGAAGCGUUUUUUGGCAGAAAGACCAGAAGUGUCUGUCCGUUCUCUUCACCCUCCCCCUCGCAUUGGCAUUAGGAUUCCUAACCGGCCACCAGCACCCUCAACAUCCUCAGCUCCUGGGGGUCCAGUCAUCCGCCUGCAGGCCCCUGGAGGCCAAGGUGCCUCUCACAAUGAGGGGAACCCAAGCACCCAGCAGGCAAUCCAAGACCCAGGAGUGAGAGGUGGUCUCCAGGAUCAAAUUCAGACUCUGAGCUCUGAGGUGCGCAGCUUGGGCCUGGCCGUGAAGAUGCUGGUGGAGCAGCAGUGCCGCCAGGAGAGGGAGCAGGCGCAGCAGACAUACAUUCAAAAGCAGAUCCUCAGCACUUUACAGAACCUGACUUCCAAAAUAGGACAUUGUAGCAGAGUUCAACAACAGCACAACAAAACGCCAUCACCCUCUGCUUUGCAGAAUGCCUCUGCAUCUACCUCCUUCAGCCAAGACACCUUUAAUUUUAGCCAAGGCACGUACACUCAGUGCAGUCAAACACAGCCAAGCUAUAACUCUUUGGAGAGUUUAGAACCUGUAGAGGCCUUUAAACUGCCAGGGCUGAGUCCUACAAGCAUGAAUGGGUUCCCACCAUGUAGCAGUAAUGAGAGCCUCCCACUUACUCACAGUCCCUCUCAAACACAACCAUACACAUACACACAGCAAAACAGUCAAACAAUCAUGCCAUCCUACACACAGUCAUAUGUCUCUACAUUCAGCCAGUCACAUUCUCAGACAUACAGAGGAUCAGAGAAUAAAACAUCUGAUUUCCCAAGCAGCUGUUCAGGGAGGACUCUGCAGGACUGCAGUGUGACGCAGCCGGUGAUGAACUCCAACCACUCUCCGCAGGAUCAGCAGGUCAAUAUUAUCAAAGUGGAGGGACCUUAG